AUGUGGUUCGGGCAAUUAGUGAUAGGACCCCCUGGGUCGGGAAAGUCUACGUAUGUAGCUGGAGUAGAACACAUAUUAAAACAGAUAAAUAGGAGAAUAGCACUGAUAAAUUUAGACCCGUUUGUAGAAAAUGACGUAUAUAAAGCAGAUGUAAAUAUUAGUGAGCUUGUGGAUAUAAAUAAAGUAUUUUCCGAUUUGAGGUUAGGACCAAAUGGGACGUUAAUAUAUUGUAUGGAAUAUUUGUUAAGUAAUUUUGACUGGUUAGAAGAAAAAUUAAAUGAACAUAAGGAUCAUUAUUUACUUAUUGAUACACCAGGUCAGGUAGAAUUAUAUACACAUAAUGACGCGUUAAAAUGUAUUGUGGAAAAGUUAACAAAAUUAAAUUGUAGAUUAACAUCCGUUCAUAUUGUUGAUGGUACUCUAUGCUCUGACAACUAUAAAUAUAUUAGUGCACUACUUCUGUCCUUAUGUAGUCAGAUUCAUUUAGAAUUACCUCAUGUCAAUGUUUUUUCCAAAACUGAUCUGUUGAAACAUUUUAAACAUGAUUUAAACUUCCCCUUGAGUUACUAUGUUGAAGCUCAAAAUUUACAUCAACUCAUGUUAUAUGCACGAUAUCAAAAUUAUUCUUCAUCUUCUGAUUCGGAAGAAGAAAAUCAUAAUGUCGCUCAUCAUGUAGAAAAAAGUAAUUCAUCAAAUUCUCAAUUGAGUUGCAUUAAGAAAUCAAUAAAAGAGGCCAUACAAAAUGACAUAAACGAGGGAAACAUAAAAAAUGUAAGGAAGAACUACAGAAAAAUAUCCAACAAAUUUCUGAAAUUAAAUGAGUAUAUAUGUGAAACGGUUGAAGAUUAUAAUAUGAUAAAUUUUGCUUUAUUAGAUAUACAAGACAAGUAUAGUGUACUUAAGUUGUUAAAAAUUGUAGAUGGUGCUAAUGGAUUUAGGUUCAGUUCCAUUUAUUCUGAAUAUUCACUUUUUGACACGUAUGUCGAGGGUAUUGAGUAUGACUGUGAUGAAAUUCAGGAAAAAAUUAUUGACGUUUCGGAUGAAGAAAAUUUGGGGAUCUUAUCUUCGAACAAUAUCACUACAGAGUGA